GAAACCUCCUAUACCAGAAGUGAUGAGAAAAACACUAACAGCGUCGGUAUAUUAUAAACAGUUGGUCCUCUGUGAACGCUUAAGAACAAUGUCAGAACUCAGACAAGUGUUGAAUAGUGGAUGUCCUUCUUCAUAAGAUAGAACCAUGCUAAGUCAACAAAGUUUCAUCAUGUUUACCUAGAAUUUCAGUCAAGCAAAUGUCUGAAACACAUCCGAGGACCAUCAGCAAUUUUUCUGGAUGCAUUGUCUGAAACUGUGUCAGUUCCCUCAAUGUUCGAGAGACAACCCCAUUUUAAUACAUUUAUUUCUAAGGAGUUGUUUUUAUGUUUGCUCUAGCCACUUCUAAUGCCUAUUUAAGAGUAUAUGGAGAAUGGCUUUAUUAAUUACAAUCUAUGAAUAACCAAUUAAUAUAACAAUGGUUAUGAUAAGGACAUGGAUUGAGCCUAUCGUGGCCGGGGCUCAGGUUGCAAGCUCUUUCUAUGAUACCAGCUUGCUUCUGGUGGUGAAGAAUCACUAUAACGAAACAACCUCAUUUACUAAUAGCUCUCAUGAGGAUGCGCUACAGAAAGCCAUCUCAAACUUUUAUAUAACAUACAAUUUGAUCCUGGGCUUGACCCCACUACUCUCUGCCUAUAUACUGGCUAGAAUUGGUGACAGAAGCAACAGAAAGAUCACUAUUUGCAUACCAAUGAUUGGAUACCUCGUAUCUCGGUUAUUCUUAUUAUUUGUCAUUCUCUGGGACUGGCCAAUAGAGGUGAUGUUUGGAUCUGCUGCACUGAAUGGUUUAACAGGCUGGUUCACUACCUAUUGGGGUGGUGUAAUGGCCUGGACUUCACAGGAUUCUUCUGAGAGCAGAAGGUCUCUUAGACUCAUUAUUAUUGAAAUGGUUUAUGGACUGGCAGGGUUUGUCGGCAGCUUGGUAUCUGGUCACAUAUUUAUCAAUUUAAGCAUUGGAAAUCGUCAAGGAGUCAUUCUCGUUUGCUGUAGUCUUGGCUGCUAUGUCUUCUGUGUCCUGUACAGCAUUUUUGUCUUGAAAACACCUGAUUCAGUAGAAACAGAUGCUCAAAAAGAAAAAAAGAAAAACAAAUCUUUUGAGGAAAUUCAAAAUGACCCUGGGAAUUCUGAAUACACUGAAAAAAGCAGAUUGUUGGAAAAUGAUCCUAUUAUUAAUUCUCUACCUGGUGAUCAAAAAUUUUUAACACCAUCAAAACUGAUACUCAUAAUGAUGUUUACUAGUGUAAUUCUCUUCAAUGUUGCAUCAAUUGGAGCAGAAGAUGUGAUCAAUAUAUUUGUACUAAAAAAACCUUUAAGUUGGGGACCAGUUGAAGUUGGCUAUGGCAAUGCUGCAGGCUAUGUGAAUUACAUUACUAGCUUUCUAGGAGUUUUUGUAUUUUCCAGAUGUGUGGGAGACCUGGGCCUGAUUGUUAUUGGAAUGUUAUCAUUCAAUGCUGGGAUUCUGAUCAUGGCCUUCGUACGCUGGACUUAUUUAUAUUAUGUUGCUCGGGCUGCGAUGAUGUUUUCUCUUAUUCCAACACCAACCAUCAGGUCAAUGAUCUCUAAACAUGUUGAAGGAUCUUCAUACGGCAAAGUCUUUGUUGUUCUUCAGUUAGGAAUAGGAAUUGUAGCUGUAAGUGCAUCAGCUGGAUUCAACAAGUUAUACCAAGCCACAUUAGACUGGUACAGCGGGUUCUGCUUCGUUUUAUUCAGUGGCAUUGGCUUUAUCAGCAUUAUUCCCAUUAUUGUUGCAGCCUGCAAGCAAAGAUCGGUAAAUAUGCAUCACAGACCUCCCCUGAUUGGAGAAACAGUCUAUGGAACCACUUAGAAGAUUACUUGCACUAUUCUAGGCCAAGAGACUGGUUUGAUUAACUGUACUGUAGAGUUUUAUUGUUUUCAACUAUUGAUUUUUAUUUUUGUAAUAUUUUUAAAAUUUUACAAAAUAUUACAAUACUGCACUUUGCCUGUGUUUGGUUGCAAUAAUGUUUACAUAUGUUCUUAAAUCUUCAACCAAAAUCAAUCAUUCAAUAGUAAUCGAAGUGAACAAACUACCCUAAAGUUUACUAUUUUAUUCAUAAUAAAUGUUAUGUAACAUG